ACGCAUUUGAUGACAAUAUAUUCUGAAAGUUCUGAAAUAAACUGCACGUCUAUAAAAACACCACAAUUGCAAUUUUAAUCGUAAAAGAUAUAUCGAUGGCUCAAAUUGCCAAGAUUGACGCCCAAGCAGAGAUAAAAUCCUCGCCAGAUAAGUUUCAUGGCUUCUUCAAGAACAACAUCACCUCUUUCCCGCAGAUGUUCCCUCAAAUCUUCAAGAGCGUUGAAGUAGUAGGAGGAGGUGCGCUCAGAGCCGGUGCCGUCUUUUCUUGCAAAUACGACCUUGGAGAGGGUCCAGUGACGGCAAAAAUUAAGAUUCCAGCGGUAGAUGAUGAGAAUACAUCAAUCAACUUUGUUGUCCUUGAAGGAGAUGUUUUGAAGCUGUAUAAGACUUUCAAGGCAAAACUUGAGAUUAGCAAAGCAGGAAAUGGUGGCAGCACAGUAAAAUGGACUUUGGAAGUUGAGAAGGCAAAUGCAAAUGCACCCGAGCCGAAGCUCUAUGCGGAUCAUGCAAUUAAAGUGUCCAAAGGCAUUGAUGCUUACCUGGGCAGGGCUUAAUUCAAUGCCUUUUCUGUAACACAUGCAAACUCUAUUAUGUGCGACACGAAGUUAAUGAGUGCUACAGAGACUUAUUAUAUUGUCAACUAAAUUACAAUAAUAAGAAAAAGUGGCCUUUAAUAUCAA